UAAGCUAAGCUAGGCUAGCUAGCUUGUUUCUGUCUGGUCGGAGCGUAGUGAGACCGCCAACAUGCAGGACCUGAUAGCCACCGUGGACCACAUCAAGUUCGACCUAGAGAUAGCUGUGGAGCAGCAGCUGGGGGCGCAGCCUCUCCCCUUCCCCGGGAUGGACAUCCGGGGCUGCGGUGUGUGUGAGUUCUUCAUGAGAGCAGCCUGUCUCAAAGGUGGGAUGUGUCCGUUCCGUCACAUCAGUGGGGAGAAGACGGUGGUUUGUAAACACUGGCUCAGAGGACUCUGUAAGAAGGGAGACCAGUGUGAGUUUCUCCACGAGUACGACAUGACCAAGAUGCCGGAGUGUUACUUCUACUCCAAGUUCGGAGAGUGCAGUAACAAGGAGUGUCCGUUCCUCCACAUCGACCCAGAGUCUAAGAUCAAAGACUGCCCCUGGUAUGACAGAGGCUUCUGCAAACAUGGUCCAGACUGCAGACAUCGCCACACCAGGAGAGUGAUCUGUGUGAACUACUUGGUUGGUUUUUGUCCAGAGGGCCGCGCCUGUAAAUUCAUGCACCCGCGGUUUGAGCUGCCGAUGGGAGCCACGGAACAGCCUCCCCUACCAGCACAGAUACUGGGUCACCAGAAGCCGCUGCCUUCGCUCGGCCGCUCGUCCCUGUCACUCAUCCAGCUGACCAAUCCCGGGGGAGGGGCGGGUCAUCACCAGCAGCAUCACCACCAUCAACGCCAGCCGUACUCCUCUGGUCCCAGCAUGCAUCAGCACCACAACAACAUGGGAGGAGGGAACAGGGGGCCGCGUCCGUUAGACCAGGUCACCUGCUACAAGUGUGGUGAGAAGGGUCACUAUGCCAACAAAUGCACCAAAGGACACCUGGCGUUCCUCAGUGGACAAUAACACACAACCCCGUGGCUGGACUCACUCAGAGCAGUUCAGCUUGAAGACGAGGAGAGCAGAGCAGAAGAGAACUUCUGUAGACUGAGACGCUAUUCUGAAACUGAAGUCCUUCACUGAGGCCCCUGGAACCCCUUCACUGAGGCCCCUAGAACCCUGGAACCCCUUCACUGAGGCCCCUAGAACCCUGGAACCCCCUUCACUGAGGCCCCUAGAACCCCUUCACUGAGGCCCCUAGAACCCUGGAACCCCUUCACUGAGGCCCCUAGAACCCUGGAACCCCUUCACUGAGGCCCCUAGAACCCUGGACCCCCUUCACUGAGGCCCCUAGAACCCUGGACCCCCUUCACUGAGGCCCCUAGAACCCUGGACCCCCUUCACUGAGGCCCCUAGAACCCUGGACCCCCUUCACUGAGGCCCCUAGAACCCUGGACC